AUGGGACAGAAGAGAGGUCGUGACUCGAAAGCUCAGGCUCUCGAGUCUAAGAAGCGCCAGAAGGCCUCCAAGCCCGACCAGGCUUCGGACGAGAAUGCCUGGGAUGGUGUUGCCAGUAUUGAUGACCUUAAUUGGAAGGAGGUUGCGCUACCCGACCGGUUAGAAGAUGCUGGUGGAUUUUUCGGAUUGGAGGAAAUUGAUGGAGUUGAUGUUGUUCGAUCAACAAGCGGUGGUGAGGUUCGGUUCAAGGCAAAGGCAGGCAAGCCAAAGAAGUCCAUUUUGAAGCCACCCUCUGAAGAUGAUGACGGCGAGGAAUGGUCUGGCUUUAGCGACGGAGAAUCGACCGAGAAGAGUACGGCUCCUGCUGCCGAUGCGGCGAACGGGGAGGAAGCAAUGGAGGACAAGAAGUCAAAGGACAAGAAAGGAACUAAAGAACCGAAGAAAAAGGAGAAAAAGCAAAAAGAAACCAAGCCCAAAGAAUCACAGUCUGUGGAGGAUCCAAAUCUCAAGAUUGGUCUUUCUUUCGCAGCGCUCGACAAGGAUGAUGAGGACGAUGGAGUCGAUGUCUCGGCGUGGGAUACUCUUGGUCUUUCACCAGAGAUCAUGUUGAGCCUCUCCAAAUUGAAAUUCGGAACUCCAACUACGGUCCAGAAGGCUUGUAUCCCUGCCAUUCUGGAAGGGCACGACGUUGUCGGAAAGGCAUCAACAGGUUCCGGUAAAACACUGGCAUUCGGCAUUCCUAUCCUUGAGCACUACCUGGAACAGCGAGGACGGAAGGAAAAGCAGACUGAGAAGUCUAAACCUGGCCCCACGGCGCUUAUCCUCUCACCCACUCGAGAGCUGGCUCAUCAAUUAGGGAAGCACAUUGGGGAACUGACUGCGAAUGCCCCCGACACAGAUGCUCGCAUCGCUCUUUUGACUGGUGGUUUAUCUAUUCAAAAGCAGCAAAGACAACUUGCAAACGCAGACAUUGUAAUUGGCACACCUGGUCGAAUCUGGGAAAUCCUCAGUACUGGUACGGGAUUGAUUCGGAAGAUGCAGGGAAUCCAAUUUCUGGUUGUCGAUGAGGCGGAUAGACUUCUCAGCGAGGGACACUUCAAGGAGGUUGAAGAGAUUCUCGGUGCUUUGGACCGAAAGGAGCAGGGUGACUUCCCUGAUAUGGAUGAAGAAGAGUCCAAAGAGGAGCCGACUGCUCGACAAACCCUUGUAUUCUCCGCAACAUUCCACAGAGAUCUUCAGCAGAAGCUUGCUGGGAAGGGUCGUUGGACUGGAGGUGAUUUAAUGGAUAAGAAAGAAUCCAUGGAAUAUCUUCUUAAGAAACUCAAUUUCAGGGAGGAAAAACCAAAAUUCAUCGAUGUGAACCCUGUCCAGCAAAUGGCCGAGGGCCUUAAGGAGGGAAUUGUUGAAUGCCCUGCAAUGGAGAAGGAUCUUUAUCUUUACUCUCUUCUUCUAUACCACCCCAAACACCGGACCCUUGUCUUCACAAACUCUAUCUCCGCUGUGCGUCGGCUUACACAGCUCCUUCAGAACUUGCAGCUUCCGGCGCUGGCGCUGCACUCCUCCAUGGCACAGAAGGCACGUCUUCGUUCGGUCGAACGAUUUUCAUCGCCCACCUCCAAUCCUAGCUCUAUUCUUGUGGCCACUGAUGUUGCUGCACGUGGUCUCGACAUAAAGGGCAUUGAUUGUGUUGUUCACUACCACGCACCCCGAACAGCUGAUACUUAUGUUCACCGAUCUGGACGUACCGCUCGUGCUGGCGCCGUCGGAAAGAGUGUGAUAAUUUGUGCUCCUGACGAAGUCGUCAGUGUGGCCCGUCUUGCCGCAAAGGUUCACGCCCAGUCCAAGGCCAACACAUCCAAGAAAUUGCCCCUAGAGUCACUUGAGAUUGACCGUCGCGUGGUAUCUCGAGUCCGCGAGCGCAUCAAUCUGGCUAAGAAGAUCACCGACUCAAAUAUUGCGAAGGAGAAGAUUUCCGCGGAGGAUAACUGGCUCCGUUCAGCGGCAGAUGAUCUUGGCGUUGAGUAUGACAGUGAAGAAUUUGAUGAAUCACAGGGUAAGGGUCGUGGGCGCGGAGGAGGCCGCCACCAACGUGAGAAGCAGGCUAGCGGUGUGACCAAGGGCGAACUGGCCGGACUCCGUGCUCAACUAAAGCAGUUGCUUUCCCAGCGGGUCAACAUUGGUGUUAGCGAGCGGUAUCUCACUGCUGGUCGGGUUGAUAUCGAGGCUUUGCUCCGUGGCGAGGGUAAUAGCGCAUUCCUUGGACAUCUUGAUCCCCUAAACUUCUAG